UUGAAAAUAAAUUUUCAUCAUUUUUGAAAAUUCAUUUCUCAUUUAAAUGGUUUUUUCAAAAUAAAAUUGGCAAAAGGGCAUUUUCAUAAUUCUGUAUCUACUGGAAUUUUCUUUUCCAGUUUUGACCCUGGCCGAAAGUCACAUAAUAUGUUUAGGAUGACUUGGUAAAAUUUCAUAAUUUUUGGACCACUUUAUGAAUUUUUAUGAAUUUUAGAAAAUAUUACCAACGUAGUAUUUUUCUAGAAUUGUCUGGGGCGAGCGCGGUUCGCCCGGUGUAUAUAUAUCUCUAUUGCCUGUGUGGAUGUAUGAUAUGCAUGGUGGAUGAUUGUGGCUAUAGUUUAUUAGAUUAUAAUACGGCCUGCGUGUCGUGCCUUAUCUCUUAAGCUCUUGUUUUAAAUCUAUUUCUCUCUCUUACCUCAACCGAGGAUUCUUUUCUCACGUGGUGGUUAAAAGACGAAAAAAUUUGAAGUCCGUUCGAGGGAAUCUAAAGGAAUGGAGAUAGCCUGAAGUCCAAGAGCCUGAGAGAUGCAACGACGCCAUAUCAUGUGGAAGGCUACGGUUCAAGUUUAGAGUCGAGGCCGAAGGGAGGAAACGAAUCCCGAAUCAUUGCUCCAGGGAUGUUCGGAGGCCGCUACCGUCGCUGUUCCUGACCAUACGAUGACUCCGACCUGGGGGCAGAGAAAGAGGAAACUGCUGCAGGCUGAGGAUGAAGAGGACGUGCACGCCUCCGAUGUUCUCAUGGUGGAUGCGCCUAAGUCUGAGCAUUCGGUUGCACAGAGGGAUGGGAAGUCUGUCCCAUCCACAAAUGCCGAAGGUAGAGGAGAGCGUGCUGAGGCCGAGGCUGGGUUUCUGACCGCGACUCUAAAGGAAAGCUUUCUUGCCUCCGUGGAGACGGAGCUCACUCGCCUGAGGAAACUCGUUGAGGCCGAGCACGAGCAAGUGUUAGAACUCCAACUGCAGGCCGUCUCCAAGUCGGACGAGGUGAUUAGGCUGCAAGGCCUACUGAAAGAGGCGGAAGAGCCUACAGCGCAGCUUACUACUUCCAUGGCUGGUCUGGAGGAAAGGCUUCGUCAAUCCAAGGGUAAAAGGGCCGAGCUAAACAUCGAAUUAGCAGAGGUCGUCUCCUUGCAGCAAUCGGUUGAGCAGGAGAAGGAGGCUGCCGUACUUGAGAAGGAACGAGCUUUGUAUGCCAUAGAGCUGUUCAUUGGAAUUCUAGUACCCAUGAACAAGCUUUGUCAGCCAGUUAAGAAAGCAAGAGGUUUGUUCAAUCGAUUUAUAGCCGACAUUGCAAAGCGCCCUCAAUUUUGUCCUAUUAAUUAUAGUGAUUGGCGUCUGGUGCCGACAUUAUAUAAAAAUCGCAUUUUGGAGUACUUAAAGAAGAAAUUCGUGAUACCAUCCACCAAUUCAGUUCAAGACAAAAUAUUGAGCUCUGUCGGGGAGAGGUUAAGAGGUUACAAGCGAUAUUUACGACAAAAAUAUAUUACAAAAGGUAUAACAAAGGACGAGCUUUACAAUUUACCCCUUCGUGAGUCAAACAUCACUGAUGGUCUCACACGUCCUAUUGGAGUGGAUGAUGCAAUGUGGGCUGGAUUUGUUACCUUGUCAUUUUCACAGGAGUUUGAGAAAAAAUCACAGCAUGGAAAGAUUGCAAGAGGAAAACAAACGCAUUGUCACACGAAUGGCUCACAAAGUUUUGGAAUUUUGUUGGAUAAGUUUGAAAGGAAGCAUAAACGACAGCCUGGUCCUAUUGAGCGAUUCGUAAAAACACGCGAGAAGAAAGACAAGACUUUCCAUGAACCCAUCAAAACAGAGUUUGUGAGGAUGGAAGAUCAAAUAGCUGUGUUAAAGUCUAAUUUAGGUGAUCAUGGUUCAAGACACGAUUCACCCAUAAACGGACCUGAGUGUGAUGAGGAUGCAAGACAUGAUUCGCCACUUCAUGGGUAUUCGACUCAUGAAGCACUCAAACAUGAUGCAUUAGUAACAAAGGACGAUGCUCCUACUAAUCACAGUUCCAAACAUGAUUCAACUCUUUCAAAUGCUGGUCACCAAUUAGAAAGAGAUAUUAUGCCAACAAAACAAGGCAAGAAAGUGCAAGGUGAACUACGAAAGCAAACAGCUACCAUGCCGGAUCAGGGCAUAAGACACCCCAUGACCAUGAUUUAUACAGCAAGUCACCACCUACCAGAGGUUAUCAUGAUGGAUCAAAUGACACUGCAAACACUAAUCAUGGUUCAAAACAUGAUUUACAAGUAUCAGGUUGCCAAUUAGAAAGAGAUACUAUCUUAAAAAACAAAAGAAAAAAGUGAAAAGUGGUUUACAACAAGUUGCGACCAUACAGUUGCAGGAAAGAAGAUAAGGUUGAAAGCUUACAUCGGAAUAUUAUUGUGAUGUUGCGGGCAAUGCUAGGCGAGCACAAUGUGCUAGCAAAGUCAUUUCGAAUUGCUAGGGACAAAUUAAUUGAGGUAGGUGAUGACUCUUUUGCUUUGAGACGAAUAGGCCACAGAAACUCUGUUUCAUGAAGAUAUAAUCUACCAUCGGUUGAAGAAGUUGCUUCAUUAGUAGUGGGUGAUUUUCAUCAAACCAUGGGAGAAAGGGACAUUGUGGUUAAAACGUGAGAAGGUAAAGUGCAGCGCAUAAGUGAGCUAAAUCCUGCAUAUUUAGGGCUACAAUAUCCCCUA